AUGAGAGCAGUACUCAUUUUGGUUGCGUGUAUCGUCGCAUCCGAAGCUUGCACGUGCUUUCCAUUCCCAUCCUUGAGGGACGCCUUCUGCUACUCAAGCUUCGUGGCACAUGUGAGAGCGGCAGGAAGAAUAAACGACACUGACUCUCAGACGGUUCGGUAUAACGUCGUGUAUCUCGAAACUUAUAGGGCACUUGGAUACAUCGAAAUCUGUCCAGACGGAUCAGCCGAUUUUAAGAAUCAGACAGAAUCGAGACAACUACCAACUGAGAUCGUCACCGGUUCAACUUCGGCGCUCUGUGGAAUAGAACUCAGAAUUGGUACCGAGUACCUCAUUGGAGGUAGCAUCGAGGAGAAUGGUGAACUGUAUAGCGAUCUGUGUGGUUUACUUCAAGAGUGGUCUUCAGUUUCUGCUACAAACAGAAGCGCCUUGAAAACCUACAGGUGCUAA